GCUUAUGCCAGGAACACAACACAAGCACAGUGCAGGUUUUUAGUAAAAAAAAAAAAACCGGAAACACUAGAUUAGAGUAGAAAUCUUCCCCAAGCCGCCAUGUUUCCCAACAAUUUUUACAAGAUGAAGAACUUUGCCAAUCCGAAAUCGAUGUUCAAGAGCAGCAGCGGCAGCACCAACGAUGAUUCCUCGUCGUCCCUCCAGAAGGUGGCAGCUUCAUCUUCUCAACAAACCACCACCGCUGCAGUGGUGGCCCAAACUCAACCGGCGAAGAACCAGGAACCGGGGAAGAAUGCCCCCAAGAAGGCAGUGACUCCAGCGACUCAAGAUACCCCAAAGCAGGGGAAGAACAAGAACAAGAAGGGCAAGAAGAAUCAGAAGACUGUGCCGCCUCCUCGUAAUCCUAGCCAGGUGAGCAAGGAUUCCUCUUCAUUGAAUCUAAAAAAGAAUCAGACAAAGGAGGUGGCGACAAAGAAGGUGCAGGAGAAACCCAAAGAGAAGGUCCUUCCCGAGCAAAAGAAAGUGCAGGAGAAACCCAAAGAGAAGGUCCUUCCCGAGCAAAAGAAAGUGCAGGAUAAGCAGAAAAGUCUACCGGAAAAGAAGAAUGUUCAAGACAAGAAGAAUGUUCAAGACAAGAAGAAUGUGCCGGAGAAGAAGAACAAUGGGCAGGAUAAGUUGACGCCAGAGCAAAAGCUCUUGGAGCUAAAAAUCCAGAAGAAGCUAUCGGAGCAAAAGCUGCUUGACAGGAUGCUAGAGCCCAAGAUCUAUCAGAACACUUAUCCAGACCAAAAGCAGAUUGAGAAGAAGAUCCAGAAGAAGCUAUCGGAGCAGAAAAUUCUCGAUAAGAUGCUGGAGCCCGAGAUUUAUGCAAAGGCCGUUUCUCAACCUCUGGAACCUCAGGCACCUCAGGAUGUCCAGAAGGAUGCAGUUGAAGUGCCACAGGAGGAGCACAAUGAGCCACCAGCCAGCGAUCUCAGCGAGGGGAAUGACAAUCUUGUGACCAUCGAGGCGGAGGAGGAUACCAUCGAUAGUCAGGAGACCGAAGAGCCCGAUGAGGGACCGCAACAUCCUUUGAACAACCGCUGGACGCUGUGGUAUCUGGAGAACGAUCGCACCAAGACCUGGGAGGAAAUGCUGCACGAGGUGACGAGCUUCGAAACCGUGGAGAACUUUUGGUCUCUCGUGACCCACAUAAAGCCGCCAUCGGAUCUGAAAAUUGGCAGUGACUAUUGCCUGUUUAAGAAGGGAAUUCGACCGAUGUGGGAGGACGAGGCCAAUUGCCGUGGCGGCCGUUGGGUCAUCAGUUUGAGCAAGACCGCCAAGACGGAUCUCGAUAACUUUUGGAUGGACUCGAUGCUCUGCCUGAUCGGCGAGGCCUGUGAGAAUUCGGUCGAACUGUGCGGCGUCGUGGUGAAUAUUCGCGGCAAGAAUAACAAGAUCUCUGUGUGGACCGCCGACGGCGGGAAGGAGGAGGCUGUCCUCGAGAUUGGACGCAAGUUGCGCGAGGGCCUGCACAUGGAUAGCGCCUAUUCGCUGCAGUAUCAGCUGCACAAGGACACCAUGGUCAAGCAGGGAUCCACUGUCAAAUCGAUAUAUACCCUGUAAUUAGAAGAAGACGUAACCUGUAACCCAUAUCAAAAAUCAAAUAGGGCAUCAUCACACAGCCCCUUUUAGUUAUUUUCGGUAUUUUUUCACCUAGCAGAUAACCACAACCCAGCCCAACCCAACCAUUCGUUCGAGCAUCACCCAAAUCAUCCAUUGUCCAUCGUUCAGAUGUCAAUCGGAUGCCAAAAUCUGCAGUCAAGUCUUCUCCUCUUGUACAUGUUGUACAUGUAAAUUUUAACGUUGCUCUUGCGGAGCCAAGAAAUAAAUAUAUAACCUUAUGAGUGUUUAGCCCUAACAA